GUGUUUGGUUGCAUAAUAGGAAAAAUCGUAUUUAAAGUAUAUGUGGUUGCAUAUUCUGCUCAUGUCAGAUGGAUCAACGACUUUUCCCCCUUGCGUUGCAUUGUUGUUGUCAGUUGUUGUGGUGUGUUUGAAUUGAUGAUUUCGAUGUGCGCUCGUCUUUGAUCAAUUGAAUUAGGAUGAGCGAAGAGAAGAUGAAGCCCGGUUUCAAGUGGAUGCACCCCUCGGAGGUGAUGAAACUGCACAACCUGAAGAGGAAGAAGAAAGCGCUGCAGGCUCGCAUGCAGACGACGAAAAAGGAGGUCGUACCUGCAACAACAAGUGGAAAUUUCGAGAACGUGCUGACUUCGGCGAAGAGGAAGAAUCCCUUCAUCACGAGCAGCGACACCAAGAGGACGAAACCCGAGGUGAACACAGAAGAGUCCGCAGACCAGACGCUCUUCAAGCUGCUGCAUCUGAAUGCAGAUAAACAGGCAAAACCUGCAGAGAACUAUGUAAGUUUUGAUAAUAUUUUAAAUAAGUUGGACAAUAAGAAGAGUGAACCAGUCGAGGUGGUCAAGGUGGCCGGCGAGAAGUGGAUACCAAUUGAUUGGACAUUGAAAACAAAAGUGAGAUUUCUCUCAUCGAAGCCGUUUGCAUGGAAUCAGAAAUUGAAGAUCAGCGAGGAGGCAUCAGGACUCACAAGUUUCACGAGGUGCUUAGAUACGAGGACGACAACAUCUUCAUUGGACACAUCCUCAAAUUCAAAGUUUCAUCAAUGCUGCCUUUACUGGCAGCAACCUUCACUGCCAUGGAUGAACUUGUUCCCCAGGACAACAAUGAAAGCUUCUGCAGGUGGAAGCAGUGUCGGCUCCAAUUCGACUAUCAGGGAGAGCCUGCACAUAGCAUGGACAGAGAGUUUGAAGUCAUUGUUCCAGUUGAUUCGAACGAAGCAGUGUCCAUACUUUUACGCAUGUGCAAAUAGUUUUACAGUGCUAUUCAGAGCUGCUGGUAUCGGUGGUUUCAACGAAAUGCAUGCGCUAGUCACACCAACUACCAGGGGUUUCAGGCAGUCUUUGAGGCAGGAGGAGAUCGAGUUCACAAUGCCUCUGAAGAAAAAGAUUGAGGUGGACGCUGGCUAUGACAGUUUAGACUCUAAAAAGGAGGAGGAUGAAGAUGAGACUACAGAUGAGGAUUGGCUGGAAAGCAUGGGCAUCAACAAGGAGGAUAUCAAGAAAAUAAAUUACACUCAGGCGAAAAUAACGCAAAAGGCUGAAUGCGAAUUGGAUAACAGUGAACAGAGUUUAGUGCUGAUACAAGGACCCGAAGUGCAGGCCUUUUACAGCUACUUGGUCAAUUGCAAGAGCGCUGUAGCGCCUACAGGUACUUACGCGGGGAUUCCACCGACACUCUUGGCGCCCGUUGCGUUUAAUGGGGCCACGUUGAACGCGUUAAAAGUGCGCGAGAGCAAAGUGCAUUUAGACAACGACUACUAUUACUCGUUGGAUUUGUCUGGUCCAAUACUGCCGCAUCUAAUACACAAUCUGUGCUUGAUCCAUCCCGAAGAGAACAGCAUGACUGCAACGUUCUCGAACUUUGAGUCGACUUUGGCUUUAGGGAAAAUAACUGUGGGCGAACAGGACGGCGACGGCAACGUGGUGUUCAAGCAAGAGAACUUAUCCGACUGCGGUUUGGCGAGUAGCGUUCUCAAGAGUUUCGUGUCGGACAGUGCGAAUCGCGUCUCCAAUUUUGAAUGUAUAAAGUACACCGCAGAAACGAGCACGUACGCGUGGGAUUAAGGGCAUAAAUCAAUCGUUGUUUCGCCCAAAAUCACUCGUUUCUUUUUUUAGUUUAAUUUAUUACAUGUAAAGAUUGUGCUCGGGCAGUCUGUCCUGAAGCACACAUUCCCGUACCGGCGGCAGAUCGAUCUUCCGGAGCAGCUCCACGAACGGUUUCGAAUUUACGGAAUCCAACGGUGUGUUGUCGAUGUAACCGAUGAAGAGCG